AUGUAUAUCAUUUGUCGAAAUGAUGAAGAGUAUGGUUAUUGGUCUGAACAGCAAUUAGUGACGAGGAUAAAAUACGGAUAUUUACAAGAUUUAUUGAAAUACCUCGAAAAGGAUGUCGAAACUUAUUUAGCUCAAGAAAAACAUCAUACUUUCAGUGGAUUGACAAGACAAGAUAUUACAGCGCAGGUAGGACAACCACAGUCUUGGGGACUGUUUGUUGAAAGUCUCUGCUAUUUGUUGUAUCCUGAGAAUUCUUGUCAACGAUUGGUUGUUGCUCUUCAAGACUAUUAUCGGAACAGAAGUGAGACACUUGCCAUUCUCAAAGAAUUCGAAGAAAACUAUACUCCAAGUCAAGCAAUUCACUGGUAUACACGCGAUACAGUCCUCUUUCGUCUUUUGAAUCAAGCACUACGUCAGCAGAACAGUGAAUUAUUACUUCUCUUUGCUUUCUAUCUUCGAGAUCUGUUCGUUCAACUGACCGAAGAAUACGAGAAGUUCAAAGCUCGUUCGACUGACAAACCAGUGAUUUAUGCCUAUCGAGGUCAGCUGAUCUCGUUGAACGAGAUACAAAAUCUAAAAGAAACUUCUGAAAUCCAUUGGCUUCGAGUAAUUGGCGCGAACAGCUUCUUCUCGACAUCGCUCGACCGCCAAUCUGCAUUGAUAUUUCUCAAUCAAGCCGCACGACGAGAUGAUGAUCUACAAAGUGUACUUUUUGAGAUCGAAAUUGACUUUGGGAAAUCGUUUGCUCUNAUAAAACAUGUCAUACCAUUCCCAUGA